UGUGGCCUCAUGGCACUCGGGGUGACUGUGAUCCUUGCUCUUACCUGCCUGGGCGGCCUCACUGCCCCAGUCCCGGGGCCGUCCCCCAUGGUGAUCCUCAAGGACUUCAUCGAGGAGCUGGUCAACAUCACCCAGGACCAGAAGACCCCCCUCUGCAAUGGCACCAUGGUGUGGAGCGUCAACCUGACAGCUGGCAUGUGGUACUGUGCCGCCCACGAGUCUCUGAGCAACGUCUCCAGCUGCAGUGCCCUCCAGAGGACCCAGAAGACCCUGAGCAGCCUCUGCCAGCGCAAGGCCUUGGCCGGGGCUCCCAGCUUGCACAGCCAAGACACCAAGAUCGAAGUAGCCCAGUUCGUGAAGAGACUACUCAAACAUUUAAAGAGCCUUUAUCGCAACGGAAAGUUCAACUGA